AGUUUUUUUUUUCACCCUUUUUAAGCAUGCUACCUUGGGGACAGUGACCACUGUUGCCAGGGGGGUGGACCGGGGCGGCUGGGUGCCACGGGAGCGCCUGUAACUUCUCGGAGACCAUGGUACCUGUUGAAAACAGAGAGGGCCCGGCUCUGCUGAGCCCGAAGGGGAGAGCGGCCCAGACCGACGGCAGCGGCGCGGCCAGCGGCAGCCGGCAUCCCACCGGGGCCACAGGUUGCGGCAUGUUUACUCUCCUGUCAUCUGUCACCGCUGCUCUCAGUGGCCUCCUGGUGGGUUAUGAACUUGGGCUCAUCUCUGGAGCCCUACUUCAGAUAAGAACCUUAUUAGCCCUAACCUGCCAUGAGCAGGAAAUGGUUGUGAGCUCCCUCCUGAUGGGGGCCUUGCUUGCCUCUCUCACUGGAGGGGUCCUGAUUGACAAGUGUGGAAGAAGGGCUGCUAUCAUCUUGUCAUCGUGCCUACUUGGACUUGGAAGCCUAGUCUUGAUACUCAGGUUAUCUUACACGGUCCUCAUAGUGGGGCGCAUUGCUAUAGGGGUUUCCAUUUCACUCUCUUCGAUUGCCACAUGUGUUUACAUCGCGGAGAUUGCUCCACAACACAGAAGAGGCCUUCUUGUGUCACUGAAUGAGCUGAUGAUUGUCAUAGGCAUACUUUUUGCCUACAUUUCAAAUUAUGCAUUUGCCAACAUUUCCCAUGGCUGGAAGUACAUGUUUGGCCUUGUCAUUCCCUUGGGAAUUUUGCAGGCAAUUGCGAUGUAUUUUCUGCCACCAAGUCCCCGGUUUCUGGUGAUGAAAGGACACGAGGAAGCUGCUAGCAAGGUUCUCCGAAGGUUGAGAGCCAUCUCAGAUACAACCGAGGAACUCACUGGGAUAAAAUCUUCUCUGAAAGAUGAAUAUCAAUAUAGUUUCUGGGAUCUGUUUCUCUCCAAAGACAACAUGAGGACCCGGAUAAUGAUAGGCCUAACAUUGGUAUUUUUCGUGCAAGUCACCGGUCAGCCAAACAUAUUAUUCUAUGCGUCGACUGUUUUGAAGUCCGUUGGCUUCCAAAGCAAUGAGGCAGCUAGCCUUGCCUCCACAGGGGUUGGGGUUGUCAAGGUCAUCAGCACUGUCCCUGCCACUCUUCUUGUAGACCACGUUGGGAGCAAAACCUUCCUUUGUAUUGGCUCCUCUUUGAUGGCAGCCUCAUUGAUGACCAUGGGCAUCGUGAAUCUCAACAUCCCCAUGAACUUCACCAAUAUCUGCAGAAACCAUAGCCCUAUCAACCAAUCACUGGAUGAGUCUGUGUUUUAUGGGCCAGGAAAUCGGUCAGCCAGUGAUGACACUCUUAGAGAGCUUUCUAAGGGGAUCACUUCCCACAGCAGAAGCUCCCUAAUGCCCAUGAAAAAUGACAUGGAUAAGAAAGGGAUGACAUCCUUACCUAAUGCUGGAUUGAGCCAAGCUGAAUACCAGAUAGUCACAGAUCCUGCGGAUGUCCCAGCUUUCUUGAAAUGGCUUUCCUUAGCCAGCUUGCUCAUUUACGUUGCUGCUUUUUCCAUUGGUCUAGGACCAAUGCCCUGGCUGCUACUGAGUGAGAUUUUUCCUGCUGGAAUUAGAGGACGGGCCAUGGCGUUAACGUCUAGCAUGAACUGGGGUAUCAACCUCCUCAUCUCUCUGACAUUUUUGACUGUGACUGAUCUCAUUGGCUUGCCAUGGGUGUGCUUUAUAUAUACGAUCAUGAGCCUGGCGUCCCUGGUUUUUGUGGUCGUGUGUAUACCAGAGACAAAGGGACGCUCUUUGGAACAGAUAUCAGCGGAGCUGGCCAAGGCGAACUUUGUGAAAAACAACAUUUGUUUUAUGAGUCACCAUCAAGAGGAAUUAGUGCCAAAACAGCUUCAAAAAAGAAAACCCCCAAGAGGCGCUCUUGUGGUGUAAAAAGCUGUGUGGUAGCAGACAAGCAAGGCAGCUUUCUCCAGAGAUCUGAUGGCCUCAAGCCUUACACACGCUGAUCAAGUAUCAGAACAAUUAGAAGGGGGUCUUUGUACCAAUACGCACUGGCCCUCCCAUGUUUUCUUAGUGUCAUGGAGCUAGUUUUAGAGGGACACCCUAAAAUUAUAAGGAUGACCCUUAAUCUCCACCUCUCAGAAAAUAAAUAAGGUACAAGAUCCCAAGUGAUCUCUUACUCUGAGUAGGAUACUAGGUGAAAAAAAUACUGGCUGGUUCAAUACUUUCCACCUUUUGCAGAGCAGCCUUUGAAAAACUAUAAACUAGUAAUGCAAUCAACUUCUGCCUUAAGGUAUGUACGUCUGGAGGCCAGUCACAGCUCUAUUAUCCAGACACAUGAGUGGCUUGAACACGAGUGUACAGGGUUUUUUUGCCCACAAUGACAGUACUUGCAGUGGGUCUUCUGUAAAAAAGAACUAGGACACAACAUGGACAACUGAUUAGGACAGGAUCCUGGCUAGGACUUCAGUGAUAAUUCCUAAUUAUAGUUGAACAAGUACAAAGAUUAUACAGCUUAUUUGAUGAAUUAUGAACAAGAGUGUAAUGCAAAAUACCCUUGUAUAAAUUUUAUGUAUUAUCAAAUAUUAAAAGAAACAAUUCUGUAACAGUUGAGGAAAGUAAACACUUUUCCAUCCAUUUAAAAUAAUAUGAAUAGAAAAGACAAUUUUAAAAUCCUGGGACCAUAUACACAUGGUAGUAGCUGUUAGUAAAACAUUAGAAAAGGAGUCGGGCCAUUAAGUUAUUUAUCCAAAUCUCUAAUCGAUUAGGUUUGAGCUAUUGUCAAGCUUAUGCAACUCUCUCCUUGCUAAGGCUUUCAUGAUGACUUAAUAGCGACCCACAGUUUCCUGCAAUUCUUUGCACUCCUCAGGAAGAGCCCUACCUCAGGUCAUGGCUACAACUGAUGCUACUUUCAGAUGAAUGCAGACGUAGACUUCAGGACAAUUCCUUCACUGUGUUCCUCUCUAUGACAAAACAGAGGUCGCCAGCUGUACCAGAAGCCUGGGUUUUUACCCACACGACCAUGAAUUGCCCUCUUCUGCAUCUCUCCAGUUUGAAUAUUAGGACUUGGUGGGGCAUUUUACCGAUUUGGAUAUGGCAACAGAAAAUCUACAAUAAAGAACCUUGACCUACUUAAGGAGUAACCCAUUAAAUUACUAUUAUAAGCUAUGGGAGACACACAAAAACUUAAAGCAUGAAUAACCUAACUUGAAAAAGAGUGACAGAUUAUGAUUGGCCUGAAGAAAAGAGAAUCCUACGAGCCAAAACCCUUUGUUAUUUAGGUUGGGCUUUUCCUACUGGCCCCUAACAAACUACCCCAGUUUGACAGAAGGGUGUAUGACCUAGUAACUCCCCUAUAACAAAAAGGAAAGACUAUCAAUCUAUGUAAUUAACAGUGAAACUGUACUAGCAGAGACUCAGGAGAAUGACUCAAAAUCCUGAUUCUGAAACGAAUUCCAUAAUGAAAAUUGGCAGGGAAAGUUAUGAGGGAGACUUGAGAUGUUGCUUCUACCACAGCACAUUCCCUAUGUGAGUUAGAGCAUUUUUUUGUUCUGUAUUUUGGAAAGAGAAGGAAAAGUGUUCUCUAGAGGAUCAAUUUAAGAAAUUUAUUAUGAAUCUUCAGUGGAAUUAUAUGCUGAGAUUUUUUUUUAAGUCAAGACAGGUAAUUUAUAUGAAUUUUUUUCUUUGCCAAGCAUCACAGAGUAUAAGAUAUUGAACAAAACUGUUACAUGUUUCCUUCAAAGUAUAGACAUUAGCUAUUUGUUUUAGCCAUUCACCAUAAAAGGGUGGGAAAUUGUUCAUAAACUUAGGUGGUUUAUCGUGGUCAUUUCAACUUUAGUAUCUUAAAAUGCUCUUACACGUUUCUUUUAUUAUCCUGAGUCUGUGACUAAAUAAUUGUCUUCAAACAUUUUACCCAAUAUGCCCCCCAAUCAGAGCUUUUUGGUUUUCAAAAAUAAAAAAGGGGGAAUACUUAUAA